AUGAAGGUAUCUCAGCUUCUAUUCCUCCUCCCCGUCAUCUCGACCGUCGCCGCAGACCUCGCUCCGAACCCUGCGAACCCAACGCAGCCCGCCCUCGCCCAACGGGAUGUCACAAAUGCCAACGGAGAGACAAUUGGGGCCUCUAAGGCCGGGUCAAAGGGGGCGCUGGACGCCCCUGUGGAUGAGCACGCGGGGCAUAAGCAGACUGGCCAGGGCAGAACCGCGGAGGGACAUGAGAAGUUCGAUGCGACGGUAUCCUCGGUGGAGGUUGGCAGUGGGGUGACGGGCACAGAAAAGGACGCCCAAGGCGCUGGAGUGGCGUCGGAGAAGCAAUCAGGUGAGAAGAAAGUGCCGGAGGGGCCGAAGGAGGCACCUCCUUUGCCGUAUAGUGAGCAGAAGAAGGCCUCGGAGGAGGGUGUUAGUGGGAAGGGUACCAAAGGCGUGCCUGCGAAACCCAGUACUCCUCCGGAAACCUACGAUAUCGCGACCCCGAAAUCCGCAACAUCUUCGAAGGAUACGCAUACAUAUACAGGCACGAAAGGCACAUCCUCGACGAGCAAGCUGGAGUUGGAUGAACAACCGGCUGCCGAUCCUUUGCACUCGCUCAUCUUUUCUUUCACCAUGAUCAUCGUUUCCGAGAUUGGCGACAAGACCUUCUUGGUCGCGGCCCUUAUGGCCAUGAGACACCCCCGUCUGCUUGUCUUCUCCGCUGCCUUUUCCGCCCUGAUUGGCAUGACCGUUCUAUCCGCUAUCCUCGGACACGGAAUUCCUACGCUGAUUCCCAAGACCUUCACCAAGUUCAUGGCAGCUUUAUUGUUCUUCGUUUUCGGACUGAAGAUGCUCAAGGAAGGUCGCGAGAUGUCUCCUGACGAGGGCGUGGGUGAAGAAAUGAAGGAAGUCGAGAUGGAGCUCGAAGAAAAGGAACAGGAGCAGAUUCGCCUGGGCCGCCGCCGUUCGUCUGUCACACCGCACUCCUUGGAAGCAGGACGCGGCCGUUCGUCCAAGAACCGUAUGCCAUCGCCUCCUGAGUCUCUUUCGUCGUCCUCGUCGCGCGAGUCUUCUCCUAGCCCUGGUCGCCGGUGGGACGAUAUGCUGGUCGGAUUGAACAACCUCUUCUCGCUACUGCUGAGUCCCGCCUGGGUGCAAACCUUCGCCAUGACCUUCCUUGGCGAGUGGGGCGACCGGAGUCAAAUUGCGACGAUCGCGAUGGCUGCCGGACAGGACUACUGGUGGGUGACUGUGGGUGCGGCUACGGGACAUGGUAUUUGUACGGCUGCUGCCGUGAUUGGAGGAAGUGCUAUCGCUGGAAAGGUUAGCAUGCGCGUUGUGACUCUUGGCGGUGCUACGGCCUUCCUCGUCUUUGGCGUGAUAUACUUGAUCGAAGCGUUCUACGAAUGA